AGGUAAACCGAUACAUGAGUGCGAGGAGGCUACGUCGCUGCGAAACUCAGGUUUUUUAGGACUUGAGAACUGUACCUAGUGCUUUAAUAGACCUUAACCAAUUGUAGUGAUCAAAAAUGUUGCCCCAAAGCGUAACCGAUCGUUCCACAUCGCCCACCACAACUCAGGGAGUAAUAUUUGGAUCUCAGCUCGUCCAAGCCAACUCCAGAACUCCGUACAGCGAUGCAACGCAGACGAAGAAGCACAACCCGAACCACGUGAAGCGGCCCAUGAACGCCUUCAUGGUGUGGUCACAGAUGGAGCGACGCGAGAUCGUCAAGUUCGCGCCGGACAUGCACAACGCCGAGAUCUCCAAGCAGCUGGGGAAGCGGUGGAAGAAUCUGACGGAGGACCAGCGGCAGCCGUACAUCCAGGAGGCGGAGCGGCUGCGGCAGCUGCACAUGCAGGAGUACCCCGACUAUAAAUACCGGCCUCGCAAGAAGACAAAGUCCGGCAGCAGCGCCAAGUCGGUGGAGAAGGGGCGGGUCACCAAAGCCAAGGACAAGGCGAGCAGCGCCGGCAGCACCGCCUUGAAGGCCGUCAAGCUGACCGCCGACCCGUCGCGGGCGCAGUUCACCACCGGCAUCUCCGCCAUCAACCACAACAAGCUCAAGCUCAAGCUCAAAAUCGACAAGAAGUUCAAGGACUCGAUCCGCAACACCAUGUACGUGCCCAUCUCGCAGUGCACGUCGCCGGCGGAGGUGCCCGCCACGCCCCACGAGAUGCCCGCCUCGCCCGAGAGCGCCUCCCUGUACGACAGCCACGUGAGCACCACCAGCAGGAGUAGCAGCCGCGCCGCGUCCACCAGCCCCUCGCCGGGCAAGGAGCCCUUCCUCUACGGCCUCUACACCAUCGAGAGCGCGCCGGGGCUCACCUCGCUGCGGCCUGAGUCGCUCGUGUCGUCCACGACCGUCACCUCGGCCGACGACGACGACGACGACGAUGACGACGACCACGACCACGACGACAAGGACGACGACGUCGACACCAAGGAGGACGUGCUGCUGUACAGCCGGAAACGCCACACGGUCCGCGACGAGGUAUUCGCCCCGCGCCCCUUCCUGCCCAGCUCCCUGUCGGCGUCCCGCGCCGCCGACCCUCCGCCCAUCAAGAUGGAGCCCCUGGACAUCAAGCAGGAGCCGCCCUCGGAGUCCACCCUGGCCGACCUCGACUCCCUCACCGACCUGCUGCAGAUGCCGACGGACUUCAAGGUCGAGGUGGACGAGAUCAACUCGGACCUGGAUUUCGACGCCGUAUCGACGUCCUCGGGCUCCCACUUCGAGUUCUCGGACGUGUCGGACAUGCUGAGCGACAUCGGCGUCAGCAACGACUGCUGGGCCGACAUCGGCAUCAUCAACUGCUGAGCUCGCCGGCGCCCGGCAGCAGGAGACCCUGUUGCCCGCUGAGUCGAGUUUGUUUGAUAUUGCAAGGAGCCAGCAGGCGUGGCCUUCAGGCGUGGCCAGCAGGCGUGGCCAGCAGGCGUGGCCAGCGGCCGACGCCUGCGGGCGACCAGCGACGCCGGCCUCCAGAGGCGGCGGUGAUCUCCUCGGCGUCUGCGAGCGCGAGUCAAGUGCUUGGGCGUUGGCGGCGACUGUGGAGUGAAGCAACAUGUGUGCUAGAGUAGUGAUGUGACUCACAUUUCACUGUGUGAUUCUUUAUGUUAUACAUAAGUUACUACUCAUAGGAAUCAUGAUAUAUAAGAUGAUUGACUUCUUUUUUUCAAUGUAUUCAAUUUUUAGUCAUGUAAACCUAUAUAAAAAUGCCACAAUAGUGUUGCAAGUGCCAGUUCUGCAGGUGUGAUAAGCAGGUGUACAAUGAAGACAAGACUUUGCGUUUUUCACCUGUACAACACCCGUCAUAGGACAUAAUGUUAAGUGCAUUUCCUUUUUAUGAGCUGAUCUGUUAUGUUGUCAUUUCAUCGCCAUAGUGACUACAUAAAUCACUUCAUUUCAUCAUUUUAUACCAUAGCAGUUGAAGCAUUUUUCUAAAGCCAAAACCCUUGGACUCCAUGUCAACUGCCCAUAAACAAAAAACAAUGCAAAACAAACUUGUAGUAAACAUGGUGCCUGUGCCAUUGGCAUCACUUGAAUCGACCUUUACAGAAUAUUGCCACAUCCGGGAUUCAUUAUUCAGUCAGGGCGGAGAAGUGAAAAAAUGAAAAGAAAACGAGACAGGUAACUUAACUAGAAGAAAUAACGAGAAAAUCAGGUGAUGGCACCCUCAGGGCGAUCCUGGGUGAGAUCUCAUCCUCUCUAUAAAGAUCAAGUGGUGGCAAUGGCAUCCUCGACCAUCAGUACUUUGGAAUCUGUGGUAUCGCUUGGGGUCGAGUCCCAAGAAUAAAAGCGUACGAAGGGAGAAGCCACCGAGGGCCGAAGCUUAAUGUCCCAGUGUUCGUAAUCGCUCCAUGGCGCGGGUUAUGACUUCGCUGAGGAAGGCUAGACGAGGCCGAGUCAAGCUUCGUUCUCUUGUCAAUGAGCGGAGUAAUUUUACCUCUAAAGAAUUAGGUCCAUAUACCCCCCACCCCCAUAGCCCCCAACCCCUUAUCUCUAGUCUGUAUGUUCAGGUUAUUCCAAAAAGAAAAGAAUAAAAAAAACGUAUGUUAAUUGAUCAACAACGUUUUCCACAACGCAUCGUAAUGGGCAUUUAGUCUUUAAAAACGUUUCUACACGAUUCAUGCAGUACACAACUGAAGGGCCUGGGCAAAAAAGGAGCUGUUGUCUACAUUAGAGUGUAAGUCCAAACUUUUUUUUUUUUUUUCAAAUCUUUUAGAAGUGACUCAAUUCACUCUUGUUGAUAUUUCUCCCGCUUUUCCUGUUGGUAUUUCUGCGACAGAGUUGGCUUGUUUAAAGCAUCACACCACCUCCCCGGCCGAGCCUCCAACUCACCAAGUCUCAGCCAGUUACUCUGAGGAUCUGUCUUGCGCACAACGGAAAAGAUGUAUUAUUUUUGUGACGGGGCUCUGCGCAGCACUGUCAUCGUCCCAGCGCCCUCCAAAACAGGUUCCACCCACUAAACCACCCGGUUUUUCAUAUAUGAAUGAUAUAUAUGAAUAUAUAUAGUAAUCGACUUUUUGUACUAGUAUUAAUGCAACGAUGCGAGCCCGGGGGCGCGAGGUGCGAAGCUGGGCGCCGCGGCGGGGCCGUCUCCAUGCGGCGGCGCGGCGCGAGGCCGCAGGAACGCGCCUCGUCAAGCGCCGCGCAUGGACGUGGUCACAGAGUCACAGGAGGCCGGCUUCGCGUACCGAAUGCCUCGAGGUUUGUAUCACCAUAGACUGCCGAUCGUCGGAUACACACAUACAUUACACAUAUACCCUCUGUCUUUCCUAAGUAAGUAAAUGAAAAAUCUGCAGGUACGGCGCAUUACCAUUACGGUGUGAGAGAAUUUAGCGCUUCCGACGUCGCCAGCAGCUUCUGACGGUGCACUUUCGCAGUGUUGUCAUUUAGGAAAGUGCAUCGCGCCGAAGGGCCUCCAGAUGGACGGACAGAUAAUUCCUCUCACACGUUCUCCUUUUUUUUAGUAACUGCAUUAUCUCAUGUCUCGUAAUAUAGUGUCAUCGGCUAAGACUGUGAACCCCGUCGUUCUCAUGAUCGGAAAGUGAUUCGAAGGCGGUUUCAUUAAAAGAAAACGAGAUUAAAGGAAGCCGCCAAGUGGUUUCCAUUGCUCGCCAGAACCCCUUGAGAACUGCUCUUCACUCGUGAGAAAUGGCCGUCACAGUGUUGGAUCCUGUCAAUAACAGCCAUUCAUGUGCUUUUGUAACAUUUUUAUUUCUCUCUGUAACCAACUCAGUGCUAUAGGGUAACUCUUAUAGAAUAACAUUAAGGGUAAACAACAAUGAGGCUCUUGACAGAUCUGGUGAUAGCUUUCUCAUAAUCCAAAUGUAAUACUAUUUGUAUUGCUUGCCUCCCCCCCCCCCUGUUGUUCCUUGUAAACUGAUUGUUCAUAAUUGUGUUUUUGUAACGUCCUAACUGGUGUUUUGAUUUGAUGGCUGUAAGUUUUAAAAAAAAGUUUGUCCUACGGGAAUGUUGUGGGUGGUCUCUCUCUAUAUAUACUGGACACUGAUUAGGGGAAACAUCGGGGUGUAUGCAAGGUUCUCUCCGAAAACCCAUUAUUGUUGAAUAUUUUGUACCACAAGGAAGGAGUCCACUUUGCAUACACUUUCUUCGAGAGUUCUCCCCCGCCCUCCCCUCCUCAUCACCUUUUGUACACCCAGGGGAGGUUUGUAGACACUACUUGGAGACGCCAUUGGUCGAGUGGGACGGAGGUAGUCCCCAGCGCCCUCUUGCAUUUCUAGGUAGCGUUAUCCGAAUGUAAGAAGAAAAAAAAACUUUCAAAAAACCGUUCCAUGGUUCCAGAGGCCUCAGAAGAACUCGAGACUCUCUUGAAUGGUGAAUUAGAGCAAUAAGGAGAAUUUUUUGUAGGUGUUUUAUAAUGUACUCCGUCGUUAUUUGUCAUGUUUGACGAAUUAUCUACUCGAAGCAAGUUUAGAAGGAAGAAGAGUGCCGGCAUCAGCUAAACCAGUAAUCCAGUGCACGGCCUCUUUGUCACAGCUGUCUUGUGGGUACUUGAGACUUCGCUCGCGUGUACUGUGUGUAGUCCGAGGUUGCAUGAGCCUCUCUCUUAGUUGCAGGCGUAAGGAAGUUAUUAUGUGUAUUCCUGGUCAGUUGGAAGGGUGAGAGAUUUGUACAUCAUUUAGGCAUAAGAGAAUGAGAGAGAAAAACAGAUGCAGAAAGUUGGAUUUUGUCUUCGUUUAGCUGUUAAAGGAUAAUAUUAAAAUCACCAGCUACAACUUCAGUGUCACCACAGAAAGUAGAUAUUAGUCGUUAAUGACUAUUUUUUAAUCUGUUUCUGAGAACCCUCUUAGUGUUUCUAGAACCCUCUAGUUGUUUGGAAUCUUGAUCAUCAGUUCGACAGCAGCGGCCACGCUCUCUGCUGUUAAAGAAAUAACACUUUCAUCAUAGAUUUCUAGAAAACCAUAUUUAUAGAAACAAAAAAACUACUAGAAACAUUAUCGUAAUCUUCUUCAGUUCUUCUUUUGGACUACUUACUGUGCAAAAGAACAAGAAACUAGCAGUCAAAGAACCUUCUAGCAAACUUAGCCGGCAUCAUCGCCCGCGUCUUCCUGAGAGAGUACAAUAUCGCCUCCUUCAUGCCAGGUCGUGGAUCACAGGAUGGGAGUUCCUUUUACGCGUCGCCGCUGCCGCCGCCGCCGCCGCUGCCACCUCAGGAUCUUCUUGCUCUUAGUCUUACCAAACCUCCUGCCUUCACCCCCCCCUUCACCCCCACUUCACCCUUCCACCCCCUUUUCCCCACUUCGCUUCCCCCUGGCUCCUCGUUGGCUCUGCAGGAGGUGCCACGGGAUUCGCUGUCUGCUGCGACUCGCCUCUCCGUUCGGGUCGGUUGCAAUUCCCCGGAUCAACGUGGGGGAGAGGAAGGUAUUAAUGAUUCCGUUUGUUAUUCAAUAGUCACGGUUACUUUUACUUUUUUUUAAUGCUUACUACGACUGCCGUAACUACUACUACUACUACUACUACUACUACUACCACCACUACUGCCACUGUCGAUUUAUAAUCCUCCCCCGAAUCAUUUCCAGUAGUAUUACCAUACGAAUGAUCCACCUCUCGUUUCAGUCCUCCCGAAAGCCGUUUUCCGUUUCCGGCGGCUCGAACCCGGUGUCUGCGAUCUAGUCGUGCAAAGGAAAUCGCCUCUUGUUGUCUUGGUCGAAACCUGUUCCUGACCCCAAUCCCGACUCUCGCACAACCCUAAUCCUUAUCCCUGAAUCACCCUAGUACCCAGUCCUUAUCCCAGUCCUUUUAUUACCUAAUCCUUGCCUUAUCUCUGAACCAAUCCCGAAUAUAUUCUAGAUCUUUCCUUCCUCUUUCGCCAGUGUCGCUGUUUUGACUGACAGACCGAUCAUAUAUACUUCAAGUCAUUCCAAACCUCUUUUUUCUCUUUAUUUAAUUUUCGUUUUUUUAGGGGGGGGGGAGCAGGGCAUCAACGACGAUGAUCGAAUUUAUUAAUAGUGAAUCUAAUUAUUUGAAGGAGCCAAAAGGCGAUGUUUUGCUUUCGUUUCGUUUCGUUUCGUUUCGUUCUUUGAUCUUUUGUUAUUGUUGAUGUCUCGUUUUUUUUUCUCACCAGAUGUGAUUGAAACAAGAUAUGCGAAAAUAGGAAAUUAGUUAACAGAUCGAUAUGUAGAAAUUAUAUACCGUCUAAAAAGAAAAAAAAAAUGCGAGUGGCGAAGCAGCGUGCGAUUUUCAGGAAGUUUUUUUUCCCUCUUGAACAGCGGUUUUCUCAGUGGUUCAUGUCAGGAUUCCCCUUGGUUUCCCCUUUUUUGUACUUUCCUCUUUUCCUUUUUUUGUCUUUGUCUUUUCCCUUAUGGGGUUGGAUUUUUUUUUUAUCUGUUUACUUUAUCCCCUUUUCCCAUAUUUCUCCCUCUUUCUCCCGUUCCUCUGAUUUCAGCUGUUACUUCAGUCCCUCGUUUCCUUCUCCUGUAGAACUACGUCUUUGUCACUGUCUUACCUCCAACAAACUGGUCAACGUUCCUGGUAGAGAGAAAAAAGAAAAAACGUAAGAUAUUCUCAUUGAAAUAUUAUGGGCGUGACUCCCCAUCCGAGUGUAAAAUCCGACGUGAUUUGCUACAGUAACGGUAUCCUUCGCAGUGAAAAUGGUCAGCUGACUGUUCGUGGGUUUUUACUUUCCUUUUUUUCCACAACGAAUAUUCUAUGGCUGCAUCUCUCUUUUGUUUUUGGUUUUUUGGAUUUUUUUUUUUUUUUUCGAGUUGCUCACUCUUUCUCUUAUAGUUUAUUUUCUCACCAAAAAAGAAAGUUUAGAUAUUUUAUUUUUAAAAAUUUACUUAUUUUAGUCCCGGUUAAGAAGAAGAAAAAAAUGUAGAUUUGAGAAAAAUCUUUUGUUUCAGUUUUUGUUAUUGUCUGUAUUUCUUUUCUCCAAAAACCUGAACAUCCAAGAGUCGACCCAUCCGGCUAUUCCCGUGUCGAGUAGCUUGAUGGAGUGAAUAUUUCCCCCCGAUACACAGGACGCUCUAAAACAAGGCUGUUGUAGUAAAAAUGCAAAAAAAAAAAAAAAAUGUUAUUCAGCUGUCACCACCAAGCACAAACUGGAGAAGACCCAGGUUGACCUCGGCUGCCGAAGGAGGGGACUCGUGAAGGCCCUGGAGAUUCGAGGUCUUUGCUGGGUCGGAUUGGCGAGCCGAGGAUUACGUGGUGUCCUCCACUAUGUUAUAUAUAUAUAUAUAAAUAAUUACCCCAGUGAAACCCCCAUAACCCUCUUUUUUUCUUACUGGUGAAUCCAGAGUGGUGUAUGUAUGUUUUCUACUUGCGAUACAUUUUAAUCGUUUGUUAUACUGAUGUACUUGGUCACAACCUGUGUUUUGAAAACUAGUUGGUUGCUUUUCGUGCCCCCCCCCCCCUGUCUCUCUCUGCCGUCCUUCCUCUGAUCUCUUCGGUAUGAUGUCCUUCGGGCGUUCAGGUGAUUUACGCAUCCACUUCAUUUGGUCUCGAUUUCCUUCCACCCCAUUGGUUGUAUAGUAUGCUUUUGUUCACAUAUCAUUAAAUCAUCAUCAUCUGAAGCUCUUCUACACUUCGUCUGGAUUACAAGAGAAAUUUCUAGGUAAAAUAAAUGAGUAAGGUAGUGGAGUUCACGACUCCUUUCUUCUCAUGUCUUGCUACUGGUGCAUUAUGAUCUCUUUGGUCAAUGAACAUCACUGUGAAUUAAGCAUGGAUAUUUUUUUCUCUCAUAAAUAUAUAUAUUGAUGUUGGCAUACAAGGAGGCCUGUGCUACCUGGCAGAGAGUCAUCUAGUCUAGACACUCAUGAUCGUAUGGUUUUCGUUGCUCGAACAGGCCGUGGAAGCGAAACGUGGAAACAAGUUUGUAAACAUUUUGUAGGUGUUCUUAUGACAGUCAGACAAACGUGUCCUGCUUGCUACUCACUGUUCAAUCAGGUAAAAGUGAUACAGGCGCAGUGUGCAAAGCAUGGUGACAUAUACAGUGUUCGGUGUUGUGAGCAUGAUUUUGAUGAUUUUGGGAAGCGACGUUCCUCGGUUAGGAUAGAGCUUUUGUUGGGAAAAGCUGUAUGGAUUCUCUCUGUGAUGAAAGCCAUACACACACAUUAAUGAUUUCAUCGUUCCAUUCCGCUUUUGUAUUUUUUUGUACUUUUCAGCCAACAUGUAUGUAAAAAACAUAUAUCAUAUGCAUUAUUAUCAUUAUUCCUGUCUCAGAGAUCGCACAGAACAAGAGAAACAACACCCAACGCUGUAUUUGGCCGUCAUGUCCAACCCACUCUGGAAUAAAAACUAAAAAUAAACAAUUUCAAGAAGAAUUUUCCUCUUGAAAAAAAAUGAAGCCUUAGACAUUAAUUCAAGGCAGCUAGCUAGUCAGACGAUCAUUGAGGGUCGUAUUAUGUAACCAUAUUUCCAGAGCACAGGACUUCCUCUCAUGGCCUGGCAGGUGACCACGACGAGCACGAGGGGGGGAGAGAGCCCCCCAUCUGGUUGGUCUUGGGGGGAGGGGGUUCGUGGAAGGCCGUCACUUUUUUUUUUCUUCUUUUUAUGCCAUUGGUAUACCGGAAAAGGAAGAGAAAGUAAAAAGACUAAGAAAUGAGUUCUGUCCUCACUCUCAAAGUAUGGUUUACGAAUAAGGCCCUUAUGUUUGCCUCUCAAUCUUUUCUCUGUACAUAGCGUUAAAGGAUGUUUUCCUAUUAUUAUUAUUAUUAUAAUUAUUAUUAUUAUGAUUUUCCAUUUCAAUGUGUUGGUGGUUGUAUAUAAAGUGUAGCGGGUCCUACGCCCCCCCCCCCCCGUAAACUAUUUAGGAAAGACCUUAUAUCUGUACAGACUUCCGGUACACCACCUUAAAACUUAGUGUACAGGACAAAAUAUGUAAAUAUGAAUUAUUAUGUGAAUAAGAUAACCGCGUUGAUUUGUAUAUUGACUGUUUUCUUUUUUCUUUUUCUUUUUUUUUUUUUCUUUUUUUUUUCUUUUGUCAUUUCUCACAUCACUGUUAACCAAAAAAAUGUGAAAAAAGUCCCGAGAAAGUCGGUGCAAGUAAAACAAAAAAACCCAAGUAUAAUAUUAACGAAAAAUAAAUAAAUAAAAUAAUAAUAUGCGCCCAAUGCCAUUUUUUGCGCCACCAAAAAAAAAUAUAAAAAUAAUAAAAAAAAAGGUUCGCAGACUUGUUGUACGCAUAAAUAAGGUGGACUUGUGAAUGACAAGGACCGCAGGUAGAGUUUUUCAAUUGUACAAAGUGUAUUUUUAUUAGCAACUUAUCCCAUGAAAUACAAAGUGUUUGAUAGAAAA